AUGAUGAGCAUAGAGCAAGAUGUGGACGCUCUAAGGCAGAUGCUGGAGACAUCUGUCAGUGAAGGAACAGUCGAGACAGCAACUCUCUCCUCCAUAGUGAAGGAUUUGAUCAAGCACCUACACCAAGAUAAAGAACUAGCAGCAGAGAUGUUGCUUGAGAAAGACAGAAUGCAACGUAAGAUUGACGAGGAAGCGAAAGUUCGAGAGCAGUCAGCGAGGGAGGAGAUGGUGCUAAGAGCUGAUCUUCAUGCUCUGAAGCAAGAGAACUCUGAGAUGCAAGGUUGCAUGAAAUUGCUGCAUUGCGAGGUGGACGGUAUGUUGUCAACCUUGGAAACUUUGUGUCAAGAGGUCACCUCCCAUCACCUCAAGACUUGUAACAAGUUGGAAAGUUUCGAGUUGAUCGUCAGAAACAGUCAUGACGGAACUUGCCCAAUGGACAAAUCAGCUCUAAAGAGACGUGAGGAACAAUUGUCAGCCAACGGAGAGGUCGAGGGAGAUGGUGGUCUUAGCUGCGCUGAUCAACAUGCUGAUCAAAUCUUGAAUGGAUAUCACACGUUGAAUGGAUGUGAAGACAGUAUCGAUGAUGUUCAAAGAUCAGUGACGAGUCUGGAAACGAAGUUACAAAACCUGCUCAUGAAACUUGAAUCAAAGAGAAUGGACGACGACUUGUUCAUUGACAGGAUGCUUGAGAGAGUGGAAAUGAGCAACAGCACGAAAGAGCAGGUGCUACAAGACCUUGUGUGGACUGAAGAAGAUCUGGAGGAGGUGAAGCGGUCUCUGAGGGAAGAGAGGAGAAGAAACGAGGAGCUGGCUUCCAGCAAGUCUUUGCUUGAGCGCGAGAUCGAAACUCUAGCGGAACGGCUGAUCAAGGAGCAGCUGCUCCUUGACUCCCUCCGAAUCGACCGAGAGGACGAGAUCAAGGCGAAACAGAGCUUCAGUCCCAUGGUCGAGGAUGCGAUGCGGGCCAUCCUGCAUGAGGUAGAGGAGAUGACUGCAAGUCUGCUACAUCUCCAGGGUCAGCACGAGGACCUCUCUGCAGCUGACAGCAAACCCUUGCCGUGUGAUGCUGAAGUUGCGGCACCACGCGGAAGUCUCGAGGAGAGGACAGACAGGCUGGGCAGCGAGGAAAUGGAGAAAGUGAAAGAAGAGCUGAGAACUUUGCGGGAAAGACUCGCGGAGCUCGGAGAUGAGCUGGAGGGGGCAAAGAGAGAGAAGAAGGAGCUGGAGUCGUCCUGGACUCACAAGGAAGAGGAGGAGAAGAACAUGAGGGUCGAGCUGUUGCUGAGGGAGAAUGAGGAGCUGAAGGCGAGGCUGGACAGAGAGGGUCGUGAACGAGCGAGUCAGAGGGUAGAGGAGCGCGAGAGGCAAGAGGUGGCUUCUGCUCAGCUCCGAGAGUUCACGAUCCGAGUUCAGGAGAUCUCAGAGGACCUGUCGGACUUCUGCAGCGACUUUGGCGAGCAGCAAGUCGACCCGAGCCGGCUGGCUGAGCAGGAGAAAGAUCUGCAGAGUCUGCGUGAUAGUGUUCAGCUUGCUGUGGAGGAGAUGAGAAUGGGAGUGAAGGACGCGUCCGUCUUGAUCUUUGACCUGAGAGGUCAAAUGAUCGGCGAUGCGACGGUGAACGAGGAGCAAAGCUUGUCACUUACUAGCGCCAUCGCUGGAGUCGAGAGCCUCUGCUGGGGUCUAGAGGGAAGUCUCAUGACAUCAAAGGACUUGUUGCUGCUAGCACAAGGCCAGGGCGACGGUCUGAUGAAAGUCUGCGAUGAGCUUGUCACGCGAACAAGUGAGCUGAUCACAAGAUGUGUGUCUACGUAUAUGCACAACUUCCAUCAGAGGGAUCGUGAGCAGCUUGAGAGCUCGAAGGUCGUGCAGGAGCUGAUGGAGCAGCUCAGGGAGAUGGAGGAGGAGUUGAAGCAAACGUCUGCUUGCUCCCUCGCCUCCUUCCGUCGCAUGGAGGAGCUUGAGCAGCAGACACGCGACUCUCUCGCUGCUCUUGAUCGCCUUGUCUCCUCCUUGUGUGCGACCUUCUCUUCUUUGCAAGAGGAGACGCAGGCAGCUCAGAACGACCAGGUAGCCGACAAGAGGAGGAAGGAAGCAGUGGAACAAAAACUUCUGAGGGAGACUGAGAAUUUGCUGCUCGAGGUUGAGAAGGAGAAGCAACAGCUUCAAAGGUCUCUCGUCGAACAAGCACAAGAUCGGAAGAUGUUGAGCCAGGUGAUGGAAAGCUUCCGCGCGCUUGCCCGUGAAAGCUUGCAAGCUUGCGAAGACAUGGCAAGGGAGAGACAAGAAAUGUCGGUGAAAGAAGAAGCGAAGCUGAAGGAGGAGCGAGGGAGGCUGCUUGAAGUAUCCCAAGAACGAGACGAUCUGAUGAAGAGGGUGCGGGAGGUGGAAGAAAAGAUGAACAAGACUGAACAGUGGAGGCUCGAAGAAGAAAAUGAGAAAGCACAAGUUGUCAUGAGAUUGCAGAGUCUUGAAGGUAACGUGGAAAGUUUGUCAGACGUCACAGAAAAAGUCAAGAUAUGUGAGGUUCUGUUGGAAGAAAUGUCCAGGCGCAACUCAGACCUCCAUUUCCAACUUCAUCGUCAGCAACUCGUCGCUGAGGAUAUGUCAAAGAACAACACACUGCUGCAAGACAGGCUGGUCAUGCUGAACAGAAAUGUUGUGGAAGAGGACGAGUUUCUUGUUGAUGAAAUCAGCAGGAUGAGUGAGGAUUGCAGGGUGAUAGAGAAAACUUUGAUCAGUGCAAGUCAAGAGAUCGCUGUUGUUCUACAGGCUUCCAAGUUUGCCAUGAUGUCGCAUCUGCAAACUUUGAGUUGUCUCCGAGACAUUCGAACACAAGAGAAAAGUCUUGUUCAACAGGUUAAGAUUGCAGAACAUGACAUCAGUGGACACAUUGAUGAUCAAGCCCAGCUGGCUGUGAGACAGGCUGAAAGCAUUGCUGAGAUGCUGAUAAAUAGUCUUUCACUUGUUUCAAACGAACAAUCAAGAAAUCACGACAGGCAAGAUGCCAUUGAGAGACGAAUGAAAGAAUCAGAACUGAUCAAGUCUUCUGUCUCCCAUCAAUUGUUCAAUCAUUGCAAAGAUUUGAGCGACAUACAAGACUCUUUGUCUAGUUGCCACGUCAGUCUACGAGAUGAGUGCAGCACUGCUUCAGCUAGCUCUCAACACUUUCAUCACUCGCUGCUUCUCGUCGUAGACGGAAUGCAUUCUUGUCAGCAAGACUGUCUGCUGCUGCUAGAGGGGAUGGAGCAAGAGGAUCAGGAGCUUCAGCUUCUCAUCUCACAGGUCGAUGCCGUCGCCUCGCUUCUGCGUCCCCUUGGCUCUCACCUGGCAAGCCUGCAGCGACAGGAGCAGGAGAAUGCGGCGCUGAGAGAGGAAGUGAGGAGGAGGGAGGCAGAGCUGAUCGCCUCUCACCAGCAUCUCAAUGUGUUGAGAGAGGAGGCAGCCGAAAAAGAGCGAGCGAUGCACAGCGACUUUCAGGAGAGGCUGGACUAUGUGGACGACAUGGCGGAGGAGGAGAAGACGCGGCUGAAGCAAGAGAUCUCACUGGAGCGACAGAAGUUGUGCGACUUGACUCAGGCAAGCUUGACGCUCCUUUCGCAACUUGACGAGCGCGCGCAAGAGCUGGAGGGGCCCGUGCAGCUGCUCGAGUCUCUGCUCCUCCAGGCUCUCUCCUCUCUUCACAGAGGGGCAGAGGCAGCAGGAGGCACUAUCGACCGCCUCCUCGCGCAGUCCCAGGCCCUCCUGUCGCUAGUGAACGCUAGUCACUUGAAGUCGAUCGCCGGGCUGGAGGAGGAGGAGAAGCGAAUGAGCAUGUGCGAGAAGGCAGCGGACUUGCUGGAAGACAGCUCUCGUGCUUUUCCCUCCUUCGCCUCCUCCCUGCGACAAGUCCUCGAGGACAACCGCCUCCUGCGCUGCGAGGUAGGAGAGCUGGAGGAUCGGCUGCGGAGGCAGGAGGAGAACCUGCGGGAGCUGCACGAGGCGAAGCAGCGAGCGUCAGGGUCGAUGCACCAGCAGGAGAGCAACUUGAUCAACCAUAUCUCCGACAUGCUGGAAGAGAUCGCCAGCCAGAAAUGCUCCAUCGACAAGCUUACGGAGGAGCUGGAGGCGACCAAGAGAGACAGGGACACAAGCGUGGGAGAGUUGGAGAGGAGAGAAGAGGAGCUGAAGGAGCAGGACACACCGACCCUGAGUCACGACCAAGUAGACGAAUCGGAGUUGAAAGGCCUCAGGCAUAUUGUUGAUCAGAGUUUCAUGUAUGCAAACGAGCUCCUUCAGGACAUUAACACCUUAUGCUCCAUCAUCGACGAAGUCAACGAAGAUAUCGAGGCGAACAGAGAGCGAUACACGUCGUUGUUGGAGGGCUUCAAGGACGCGCAGGAGGAGAAGAGGUUGUCAUGGGAGAAGAUAGUCGAGCUGCAGGCAAGCUGGAGGCGGGAGGUGCUGGGCCUUGACAGUAUGGCGGAGAUCGAAGAUGUGAUCCUUGCGGUCAAAGCUCAGCAGAGGGAGACGAGGAGUCUGCGGCAGCUGCAGAUGCUGCAGGACAGUGAGAACAUGAUCAAGAUCUUGACAGGCUGCUCAUGCGCUUCUCAGGUACAGGAAGCGAAACAAGUCGGACGACCGGGACAGCGAGACGGAAGGGACUCUAGCAAAGGUCUUGCGAGACUUCCAGAAGAAUCUCGGGAGUCAGGUUCCGUCCCUCCUAUCUCCAUCGGACUGGCAAGGAAGAACGACCGCGACAUCCAGGUCAAGUCCAGCAGGCCGUCAUGA